UCGGGCAGCAACCACCAGGCAGCAGCGAUCCGUACAGGGACCAUGGAGCAGCAAGACAGAGCUCAGACUGGAGACACGUACAAGUUUGUGAAAGAGAAAACUGGGAGCAGAUUAACUGAGAAAGCGUUUUUCUAUUAAUGGAAAAGGAGGAAGAAAAGAAGAGAGGACGGUGCCAACUGAGAACAGCUUCCUAUGAGGAUGAAACCAAUGGUAGUGUUCAAGUGAUUCAGUCUGCAGUAACACCUGGAAAAUGUAUCAUACGGAGGCAGCGCUGCUAACAAACACAAGACAGACCUGAGCUCCUACUGCCUCCCUGUCCAGCUACAGUACUUUAAUGGUUGGAACUGCCCGCCCCAACCUACAUUACUGCCCUCGCAGACACAGCCUGAUGAUCACCGGUGCCAUGGGAGCGGUGCGAGUCAACAGAUACAGCAUCGUUUCCACAGAUGAAGAUGCCCUCAAGAUCUCCAGCCUGGGCCUCCACAAUGGCCACAGUCCUCUGGCUCAGCAGACACUGUCGGGGGCCUGCAUGCGGGAUGAAGAAGAUGGUGAAGAGUGUCCAGGAAGUGACGAGACAAGAGGGGCUUUGUCUCUGAGGGUGACCAAUGAGCCCAUCAUGCACAAAAGUUGCCGUAAUUCUCCAUCGUAUCGUCUGGGCCUGGAUCUAAGCGUCGGCCGCCUGCGCAGCCGCUUUGUGAAAAAGAACGGUCAGUGCAAUGUGGUAUUCAACAACAUGGAGGAUAAGCAACGACGAUACCUGGCUGACAUUUUCACCACCUGUGUGGACAUUCGCUGGCGCUACCUGCUGCUCAUUUUCACCACUACCUUCCUCCUCUCUUGGCUGUUGUUUGGGAUCAUCUUCUGGGGAGUGGCGCUCGCGCAUGGUGACUUUAACAUUCGUAUUCCCGUGAAGGAAGGCGAUCCCCGAAGCAGCGCGGAUGAAGAAAAAGACGAAUGGCGGCCGUGUAUUCUCCACAUCCAGGGUUUCAUUGGCGCGUUCCUCUUUUCCAUAGAGACCCAGACUACCAUUGGAUAUGGUUUCCGGUGUGUCACAGAAGAGUGCCCCAUUGCUGUGGCGACCGUGGUCGUCCAGUCCAUUGUGGGCUGCAUUAUCGACUCAUUUAUGAUCGGCACCAUCAUGGCAAAGAUGGUGCGACCAAAGAAACGGGCGCAGACCUUGUUGUUCUCGCAUCACGCUGUCAUCGCCCUUCGGGACGGUAAGCUCUGCCUGAUGUGGCGCCUGGGGAACAUGCGCAAGAGCCACAUCGUCGAAGCUCAUGUUCGCGCUCAGCUCAUUAAGCCACAUGUGACAGCAGAGGGCGAGUACCUCCCUAUGGAGCAAACAGACAUUGAUGUAGGCUACGACGACGGGCUGGAUCGACUGUUUCUGGUAUCGCCGCUGGUGGUGGUUCACGAGAUCAACAAGAACAGUCCACUGUAUAACUUGAGUCGCAAAGACCUGCAGAAGGAGGAAUUUGAGAUCGUGGUCAUUCUGGAAGGGAUGGUGGAGGCCACGGCUAUGACCACUCAGGCCCGUAGCUCAUACUUGGCCAAGGAAAUCCUGUGGGGUCACCGCUUUGAGCCUGUGGUCUUUGAGAAGGGUGAUCGCUACCAUGUGGACUAUUCACGCUUUCAUAAGACCUACGAAGUGCCAUCUACACCUCACUGCAGUGCCAGGGAACUGAGCCAGAUGAAAGGUCGAGGAGGGGGGGAGUCAUCAUCCUCAAGUUCAAGUUAUUCCCAGUCUCCGUCACCAUUCGCCCCGAGGGCAGCCCGCCACCUACUGGGCCCUCACUCCCCCAGCGCUUUCUGCUACGAGAACGAGGUGGCGCUGUGCUGUGGGGAUGACGAGGACGAGGGGGACAUAAAAGAGGAGGCGACCAGUAUGAUUGUAAGAAGUGACAGAGAGGUAAAGAUGAGAGAGGACAUUCACUUGGGUUUCAAAGAGACGUUUGUAAAGGAACAGACGGUGGAGAUGCUUUGUGUUCUGGACUCAGAGAAUCAGAUCAGCCUUGACAGACUACAGCCCACCCUCCCUUUAUACAUCAGCAGAGAGUCAGGAGUUUAAUCAAUGGUAAUGGUUGCCCUUCCAUUUGUUUCCUCUCUUUGUCAGCGUGCAUCCAACCAAAGUAUUGAGCUAAUGUAAAACACAAAGAUGGAGGACACAAUUCAAACCGUAAAUCUUGUGGGAAAGAAGGAUGUGUCUGCAGGACUACUGCUCGUAUAUCCAUGACUUGCACAGAUUUCAAAUAUGGUGCACAUUCAGUUGUAUCAUCAGCAUCCAGACAACGCACAGCUCAUCAUCUUCUAAAUGGCGACCAUUUUUUUUUCUCUCGCAAAUCACAAGGUAUCUUGCAAAGAGGUAUCUUGUUUGAUUGUGUUAUUUAAUAUGACAGUGUGAUCCUAUGUUAAUUCAAGCUUUUUGUUCUUGGGUUUCAUUCAGUUUUUGUAAAUAUGCUUUGUUUUGAUUUUAAAAUGAUUAUGCGUCAUACACAGGUAACUGUUAAAAGGAAAUACAUCUAUUUAUUAUAAAGGAAACAUGACCAAAUGCUCAACUUAAACACACUCAUUCUCUCUGUGUAAAAAAUAAAUUAUUUCUGUAUUUUGAUCAUCUGUCUUCCUUGCCUGAUUUGUGUUACUUUUCAUAUUAAAUAAUAAACUAAAAACAUCUUUUUCAAGGUUUAUUUUUGGGCUUUUUAUGCCUUUAUUUUAGAUAGGAUAGUGGAUAGAGACAGAAAUCAGGGAGAGAGAGAGAGAGAGAGUGUGGGGAAUGACUUGCUGGAAAGGAGCCAAAAGUUGGAUUUUGGCGGGGCCGCCCGCUUGGUGGACUAAAGCCUCCACACAUGGAACGCACGCACUGACCACUCGGCUACUGGCGCCCCAUAAAUUAAACAUAAAACAGAAUGAAAACAGUUUGACAUAUAUGUACGGAUUAUGAACAAGCACUUUAUUCUUCUUUUAUCAGUGAAUACGAACACUUUGGAACAGUUUGUUGUUUUGUAUGAAUAAAGAA